AUGGCCGAUCGGCACUUGCCCGACAUCGAUGAGCUGCUCGAAAAUGGGUUUACAACCGGCGUGCCACCGUCUGACUCAACAGAAUGUCCCAUCUGCUACAGGGAUUUUACUAACCCUGAGCUUACACCAGUAGCAACAAGGUGCCCGCAUUGGUUUUGCAGGGAGUGUCUCACCGCGCAUCUGCGGAGCGGCAUGGCCCAUGCUUAUAUGUGUCCGACCUGCCGCCGACCGCUGAUUGACGACGAUAAUAUCCAAGUAGCCGCCGCGCCAGUCGCUUAUCCUUUCGAUGAUUAUCUCGACGAAACUUAUGUACAGGAAGCCGACUCCGAUCCAGACUCCGAUAUGGACGACGACGAUGAGGAUCCGGAAGAAGAAAUAGUGACCCCCGAGGAUGACAAUGUGGCCACUGAUGAUGAGGAGGCUCUCACCGAGGAUGGCGAAUAUUCAGAAGACGAAGAGAUGGCCGCUGAUGAUGGUGAGGCUCCCGCCGAGGGUGACGAAGACUCAGAAGAUGAAGAGAUGGCCGACGAUGAAGAGAUGACCGACGAUGAAGAGAUGACCGACGAUGAAGUUGAAGACGAUAAAGUUGCUGACCCCGACUACAAACCCUGA